AAAUAAACGAACCUGGUACCAAGACGUUUGCCUCGUUUAACUUGUCCCUCGGGUCUCUUUGUCGACCUCACACUCGUUUCCCCCUGUCUGGAGCAUGAUGCGACAGGCCUACUGAGGCGGCCAUGGUUCGCGUCACCGAGGAGCUGGCUCUAUCGCCAGAUCAUCUCACUCUUUAUCAAGCUACGGACCCCUUACUGAGUCACCUCCCCUUGCUCAUACUUCACGGACCAUCAACGACCGCAAAUUAUACCUUAAACAGUUCGAGAGUCCAGGUUCACGUAUAUACCCCGGCCGGUUUCCAAUCCUUUCCUCGACUUACCAUAUCCCCGAACUCGCCUUUCUAUAAUGUUGUCAACUAUCUUCCCCGAGAGUUUCAGGGCGACGAGGUCUAUCGAGCUUUAGCCUUCGGUUUAUUCAAAUAUUUUCACGAGCUGCCCGAGCAUGUCAAGGCCUAUGUUAGAAGUCAAUAUCCCGCCAUUCGAAAUCGCCGACCCGGUUCGUUGCCAUCGCUUUUCAGUGAACAACAUGCCGCCGAUAUUGCCAAAUCCAUGGUCAGGGCGGACACCGCCUUUGAUGUCAUUCAAAAGCUCCAAUGUGCCCUUCAGACGCAACAUAUAAAUAAUAUCGAUAUUGAUCUUGUUUUACCACCGGGGUCCAUUAGCCCCCUACAGCCCAUCGAUCUGGAGGAGAUUCCCGAGGACGAGGACGAUAUUUUAGAUCCGACCCUACGGCAAUAUGGCAUGUAUACGCCUCUUGUCAAGUUGUUUGGCGAGCCUGUCUUUUUACCAACUUCGAGAUUACGGCGAGCCCCUUCUAAGCCGAGUACGCUGAACAGGACGAGGUCUUUUUCCAAACAACAGAAAGCGGAACUGCGGCGAAAAAUGGAUGAGCUUUUGGAGACUGAGGAGCGUUAUGUGGCGAAGAUGGAUGAGUUGGUGAAUCAUCUCGCACCCGAAUAUAGGCAAAAGGCCAAGGAGCAACAACCGGGAAGUUUUAGCCCUUCUGAACAGGAUGUUGAGAAAUUAUUCCCUAGGUCGGCGGAUAAGAUUUUAGAGAUUAAUACCGGUUUCAUGCAAGCUUUACGACAGAUCAUGGAAGAAACCGAAGGAGAUGCUUUGAAAGAUAUGGAAUCUGGUACUGGAACAAGAGUAGGUGCAUCUGGAAGUGUGGUUGGAAAAUCAAAGGACGCAACUGGAGCUUUGGCAAUGGCAAAAGUCAUGUUGGAGUGGUUUCCAAAGUUCACCGACUGUUAUCAGGACUAUAUUCGAGCGAGCCAAAACUUCCCUCAACUAAUUACAUCCUUCGUCAGCCAACAGUCCAGCUUCUCGCAAAGAGUGGCUGUCACUGGAGAGCAGCACCUCCGCUCUACUGUCAUCGAGCCUGUCCAGCGGCUGCCACGAUAUAGUUUGGUCAUUGACCAAAUUGUAGGCUCUUUACCAAUUACCCAUCCUGCUCUCCAGCAUAUGCUAAAAGCUAGAGAUAUUAUCGCUAAUAUCUGCUCCAUGGAUGAUCCGCUUACUGAUAAGCCUCAUAUUAACACACGCUUGCGACAUAUGAUUGAGAGCUGGCCUAGUGACCUCGAACCGCUUGGCCGGCUAAUUGUUGCUGCUGACUUCUCUGAGAUACCUGCCCCCUACCAACUUGGUGCAGCUGCACAACCAGUUCUGAGUGACCAAACUGGUAUUUUUUUACUCUUUUCAGAUUGCGUCGUGAUCGUAAGAAAGGUCUAUGGUGCCAGCACGUCAGCACGCGACCUACUACGUGAGAUUGACAAGCCAUCAGCGGCCGGCCUAUUGGUUUCUAUGACUAAUGCAGCUGGUGGCCCGGGUUCUUAUGAGCUAGCAUUUGCUGGCUGGCACUCUCUGGCCGAUGUUCGGUUUACCGAAUCAUCAGAUGGGCGUAUGGUCUGGUUGACUUCUUUGAAUGAAAUGAAAGGCGCCAAUGCGGGCGAAUUCGUCACGAACACAGCCACUACUUCGCGUUGCUUCGUACUGCAGGAAUCGUACGAAGGCAAAGCCGCAAAAUGGAGUGAAGAGGUUGUCAAGGCUAGAGUAGAAGGCAGGUUCUCAGAAAAGGAGCGUGAAGAUCCUUGUUGGACUCUACGGUCUAUGAGAAUGCCUGAUACUGGCCUAGGGUUAUUCGCCGCCGUCUUCCAAGAGGGUAUCGAUCAACUGAUAGAAGGACGGAAGGAACCGGCUCCCGUUCGUAUCGUUAUAGACCACGAAAAGGGUACUAAAGGUGCGCCUGUUGGUCAUUAUGGGGUAGAGAUAUGCUCGGAUGUGAAGACUGGGUCAGGAAGUAUGAAGAAGGUGAUGGUAAUCACAAUAGGGCUUAGUGGGAAGAAAGCGGUCGACGAGAUUGGGUUAGAUGAUUUCCUCCCAACACUUGCUAGGAGAGUGAUUCAGCUUCUCAGUACCCAAUUCAACGUCGGGAACCCAGCGCUCACCGCUGCAAUGGUGUCGUUUCACACAAAGGUACUCCGGGGCCUAAGUGUCUCCAAUAAAGCUGAGAAAACAAGGUCCUUCCUAGCUACAUCACCCGUGAAGUACCUCUCGAGCUUCCUGGGUGGUAGCAGUAAUUCGGAAUCAGGUAGCAGCCAUAAACAUCAACGUACAUUAACGGGGGAUGCGCCGAUACUUCUUCCUGGUCUACUUAGUCGGUCGAACAGCUCGGUUGACGCGAACUCGUUGCAGGGUUCUACCAAGAGUAGGGAUGGAAUCCGGAUUGGUGGGUCUGAUGAUGAUCGGCCGGAAAACCCGUUGGUUCGACUUGAGCAGACCUUCACUGGCUAUAUGGCUAGUCUCCAGGCACGCAAAGGUAACUUCAUUGGCCGAACGCUACUCAACAGGUCUGCUGUGGAUGAGCUCUCCGUGAAUGAUCUCUAUAACAGACUUAUCGAAAGUCCCUUCGAUAUUGAAACCUCGGGCGACUGUACUCCCGACGUCGUUUUUGUCGCUUUUGAGAAGUUCGUGCGUAUAGCUUGGAGAGAACAAAUGGGACCUAUUAUCCCGCUGAAGGCGCUAAACGCCCUCCAAGAGAGAGCGUCUAAGAAGCUUCCUGGAGAUUUUGCGGACUUCGUCCAUUUCCUCUUUAGAGAUAUGGCACCCCAAAACCGAAGGGCCUUUACUGCUCUGAUCAAGCUGCUUGCCGACCUCCUUGACGGCUGCGCGAAUGAUAGCGACAGAGGGGCCCUCACCUUGGCAUUUGCAGAGCUCCUGGUCGAUGAUGGGGUUGCCCAUAAUUAUAUCAACCUGCUUGAUAGGCUUGUCGAUGACUGUGAGCGGAUAUUCGAUGAUGGGCCAAGCGGAUUCAGUAUAAGUAUUGAUCAAGCUGAGUCCAUCUUCGAAUCAAUGAACUCGACUACUCGUAGUGUGAAGUCGCAUACCGGAUCAUUUACCUCGAACACGUCCUCUAUAAGAAGGAAAUUUGGACUUGAAAACUUUUUGACAAGGCAGAAUAGCAAGAAUGAGGCGGAUAAUCGACAGUCCGUAUGGCGUACACUAAGCAAACACAGCAGAAAUCCAACUACCGGUGAAACAACUCCGACUUUGGCUAGAAGUCCUGUAAUCAGGACAAAAUCUGAAAUUGGUACGCCGUCUAGUCCGAAUAGGAUAAGGAGACCUGGGUCGCGCGACAGACCUCCCAUCACAGGCGCCUUCGACGAUUCCUAUUCGCGUCCAAACAGUUCACAAAAGCUCGAAACAAUUGGAGAGCCUGAGACUGAGGAUGGAUAUCCUACUACACCAAGGCGGAAGCGCCGAAGUUCAUUAUCAGAUCUCAGAAGUCUUAUGGAGACAGCGACGCUGGAGGACGAGUCACCACUGCAGCCUCUCUCUCAUAUGAAGCAGACUUCGGAAAAGUUCAACUCCGGACCACGAAUUCCACCACCGUCCAGAAUCCCGACUAGCCCGCCCUCGCAAUAUAACAGUCUAGCUAUUCGCUCGUCUCGCCAAAAGGAAAACCUUGAAGACGCGUUCCAAAUAGGUAGCCCUCCAAACGAAUCUCCAAGGAAAGGGCAUUCCAAGACGCUCUCAACCUCUAAUAUCCCAACUCUCAGACGUGAGAACAGUGCGGCAGCUGAAUCAGGUUCAAGACCUACUUCUAGCCCGAACAAGUCCACAGGAAAGCUUCGAUUGCAGUCAACGCAAAAGCUGCGGGAGCGUUUGCAAACGGAAAAGAAAGCCAUCGAAGACGUAGAUGCCAACUUACAACUGGAGCUCUCGAAAAUCGCCGCGGAUAUGGCCAAGGUUAAUUCAUCCCUAACACGCACACAGACAGUCGACAUCAGGAAGCUAUCGGCCAGCGUAAGGGCGCUCGAGGACCGCAUCCCCAUGAUCGUGGCGCAGCUGAUCGACCGGCAAGACCAGCUCCAGUACGACAUGGACAACACGGUGAAGGCGGCCGAGGGCAAGGUCCGGGCGAUCGACCAGCUGUACAAGGAGGCGAUGGCGGAGAACGAGAUCCUGUACGAGAAGUUCAACAGCGAGCUCAGCAAGAUCGUCAAGGCGAUCAAGGGUAAAGGGCGCGACGACAAGGAGGAGAUGGUCACGCGCAUGAGGGACUAUAGCGAGGAGACGGCCCGCGUCAAGCGGGAGAACGCACGCCUUCGCCGCGAAAUGGCUAGCUUGCGAGCCCUUAUGAAGGCCUCGGGCAGCGGCGGAGGUGGGGGCGGUGGUGACGCUUAGAAGGACGUCAUAUGUGGUAGAGCGGGCUCGUUGGGACGGCUGGCGUUCUGGCUGCUUUGGGGGGUCACGAAGAGAUUCAUCGCGGGCGUUGCGAGGCUGGCGUUGUCGUCGUUGUUGCACGAGAG